AUGGCUCUACAGCAUCUCCAUUGUUCUUUCCUUCGUCGGUUCUGCCGUCUAUGGUGCUGCGCCCACUCUCCAACCCUGCCAACCCUGAUUGUGGGUCGUGCGAUUGCUGGCCUGGGAUGUGCGAGCCUGCUGGUCGGUGCCUUUUCCCUCGUUCCAUUCAUCGCUCUGCCAGCAAAGCGCCCUAUCAUGAUUGGCCUCAUCUCAGCCUCCCGUGGACUUUCCACAACGUUUGGUCUUUUGAUUGGAGAGGCUCUGACUGAGAGAGUCUCCUGGCGUUGGAACGUCUAUAUCGAACUGCCGCUUGGUGUCGCUAUUCAAGUCGCAUUUGUUUUUUUUUGCUUCCGUUCGCCCACCGAAGCGUGA